GUUCCAGCCGCCGUAGCCGCCGCCGUAGCCGCUGCGGAUGUAGCCGGCGGAUGCGGCGCUCAGCGCGACCGCCGCGAGGAUUACACACAUCUGUCGGAAGACACGAGAUGAAUCACAACAGCCUUGAGAACCGCGAAGAAGAUGUAUCCAAUCGGCUCGACAGCUGCGAACCAUCGACUUCCGAGACGUCAUUCAUUAUUUUAGCGAAUGCCGAACACUUUCCACAGAGCAGUCGGUUAUGUUAAAGUUAACGACUUGCAUCACGUCGCAUAAAUUACGGACGCUCAUUUAAAUGAAUUUAGAUGUUAUUGGAGGACUGUGAGGAAAUUAUGAAAAAUCGUCAAUUUAAUGAGCCCUUAUUGCGAAACUGCGCCGGUAUAUAUGGCGCCGGAGACGAAGGGCCCGCACAUCUGCCUGCUCUCCGCCCGACCGAACAUGAAUAAGGUACUCCCUCUCCUGGUGGCGCUGGCGGCGCUGGCGAGCGGCGCGCGCGUGCGGCGCGGCGUGCUCAGCGGCCUGCACGCCCCCGGCUACAGCUACGCCGCGCCGCCCUCCAGCUACUCCGCGCCCGCGCUGAGCCUGGCGCCCGCCCCGGCGCUGAGCCUGGCGCCCGCCCCGGCGCUGAGCCUCGCCUCGGCUCCACUUAGCCUCGGCCCAGCGCCUCUGAGUCUCGGCUCAGCGCCCCUGGGUCUCGCCGCCCCGGGACCUGCUCUGAGUCUCGCCGCCCCGGGACCAGCUCUGAGCCUCGCCGCCCCGGGACCGGCUCUGAGUCUGGCCGCUCCAGCCCCCGCGCUGAGUCUGGCGCCCGCGUACAGCCUCCCGGCACCAGCGCCGGCCGCGCGCCUGGUGACGGUGAACAAGCUCGUCAACGUGCAGAAGUUGGUGUCGGUGCCGCAAGUGAUCAACGUGCAGCGCCUGGUGUCGGUGCCGCAGCUCAUCUCCGUCAACAAGCUGGUGGCGGCGCCGCAGCCGGCCCCGUACGGCGCGGGCUGCGGCUCGGGCCGCUGCGGCGCGCCGCUGGCCGCCGGCUGGUAGCGACCGCACGCCAGUCAGCUUGCGUCCGUCUGAGACGACGGUGAGAUCACCGGCGGACGACCGGACGGCAACUAGUCAAAUGUUUUGUUAUUGUUGUGACAACAGCGUUGUAGUUUUCUGUUGUUUCUGUUAUUUUAAUAAAAUAAUUCUGUUUUUACAUUA